AUGGUCUCGCCGGGGUGGCCGUGUGGAAGGAGAAGCGGACGACGAGCCAGAGACGAGACUUGUUCACGAGGGAAGUCCUUGUUGGAUGGGCUCGCCGGCGUCACCCCUUCUACCAGCAACCGGCCCCCGCCACCCAGGCCAGCAGUCGAUCCUCCCACUGCCCCCUUCCAGUCCUCUUCCAAAGCCAUCAAGAUGAAGUCCGAGGUGGAUGAGCUGGUGGGCUCAUUUGGGGUGGCCAUGGGCCUGAGGUCCGAGAAGAGCGUGGGAGGCGAGUGCCAACGUCAGCCCGAGCACCGUGUCUAUAGCGUCAAUGCCUGGGUCAAGAAAAUUAGGUCCAGCGUCACCAGCGACUGA